AUGGCCGCCAACUCCACCACCACCCCCGCCGCGGGGUCCAACAAGGCGCAAAUCUACCUGGCGCCGAACUACCCGCCCAACCCCAUCGUCGGGCGGUCCGUCUUCCUGGCGGGCUCCAUCGAGAUGGGCAAGGCCGAAGACUGGCAGACGAAGAUGACGGACAAGCUGGCGCACCUGCCCAUCACGGUGCUCAACCCGCGCCGUCCGGACUGGAACAACGACUGGAAGCAGAGCAAGGACGACCCGCGCUUCCGCGAGCAGGUCGAGUGGGAGCUGGACAUGCAGGAGCGCUGCAACGUCAUCGCCAUGCACUUCCACCCGGACACAAAGGCCCCCAUCUCGCUGCUCGAGCUCGGCCUCUUCGCCAACACGGGCAAGAUGGUCGUCUGCUGCCCCGACGGCUUCUACCGCAAGGGCAACGUCGAGCUCGUCUGCGAGCGCGCCAAAGUCCCGCUGUUCAACAACAUUGACGACAUGAUCGACCACGCCAUCAAGAAGCUGACCAACGAGGCAUGA